CCAUACUACUUCUAUCCGUCCUAACUAAUGAUUUUAGGUAGAUCACUGCACCGCCGGCCGGUAUACCGCGCUUCGAUGUGCAACUUUGGCCGAACCGAUUACACGGUGCAUCUGGCCGGCUUGGCGACUCUGCACACGCAGAUGGAAACUGCAUAUGCUCAGCUCUAUUUAAACCCACAGGAUACUACGAUCUUCACGCCAUAAGUCCCUCAUUCUCUUCUAAUAUCAUCACCCAACAGCGAAGAAACAAGUACGUGCGACUCGACCUCUUUUGCUACCACAAUGUCAGACAAGGAAGCUGGCCAGAGGGCAGACCACCUGGAGACCACUACCGGCGACAACGCCAGCGAGAUAAUCAAGCAGACAAUUACCGUCGACACGUUGCACAAUGAUGAGGCAAUGAAAGUGCUCGGGAACGCAAGGACCACUGACGCCGUUGACUGGGACGAAGAUGAGGAACGGAGGCUCGUUCGCAAACUGGAUUGGAAGUUGAUGCCACUGCUCUUUCUGACAUUUGGACUCCAAUUCUACGACAAAGCAUUGUUGUCUUCAGCAGCCCUUUUUGGAAUGCGAGAGGACCUCAACCUAACCGGAAAUCGAUACAACAUGUCUUCUUCCAUCUUCUACUUGGGAUAUAUUGCUGGUGCACUACCCACAGCGCUACUAGCACAACGAUUCAAAGUCGAACGUGUUGCUGCGGGUCUCAUCUUUGUUUGGGGCGCUUGUUGCACUGCCGCUGUUGGAGCUCGUAACUUCCAAACCUUGUACAUCCAACGCUUCUUUCUUGGAUUUUUGGAGUCUGGCAUCUCUCCAAUCUUCAUGGUUAUGGUGUCGAGCUUCUACAAGAAGGACGAGCAGGCAUGGCGCCAGGGAAUAUGGUUUUCGGCCAGUGCUUUUAUCAGCGUGCCUGGUCCACUUAUCAACUAUGGACUUGGACACAUCACAGGCUCCCUUGCGCCGUGGAAAUAUAUGUUCAUUGUGGCAGGAUGCCUCACAAUGCUGUGGAGCAUUGUGGUGUACUUCUUUAUGCCACCAGAUCCAAUCCGAGCAAAGGGAUUUACAGAAAGGGAGCGGUUCAUCCUCGUCGCACGAUUGCGAUCUAACAACACGGGUGUCCGCAAUACUCAUUUCAAGGCCGCACAACUUAUCGAAACCUUGGCCGAUCCACGAUUUUUGCUCACGUUUGCUAUGGCAUUCUUGAUUUUCAUUGUCAAUGGCCCGGUUUCAACCUUCAUGCCACUCAUCAUUGCCAGCUUUGGCUAUAGUGGUUUCAACAGCCUACUUCUGUCGAUACCAGUAGGUGCAUUUGGCGGUGUCAGCGCACUUGCGUCAGCCUAUUUGGCCCAUCGUGUAGCUAGGCGCGGAUGGAGAACAUGGGUUAUGAUCGCGUUCCUAAUUCCAGCCAUCGUUGGUUCUGUUCUCUUGUGGCAAGUCGAGAGGAAGCAUCAAGGGCCAUCCCUCCUAGGUAUCAUCCUGUUGGGAGGGUUUGCUUCCCCAUAUGGUAUCCUUAUGGGUAUACAGACUGCCAACACUGCAGGAUAUACCAAAAGAUCGGUCACUGCUGCUGGUAUCUUUGUGGGUUACUGCCUGGGCAAUUUCACUGGCCCACUUCUAUUCAAACCAGAAGAUGCUCCUGGAUACGCACCAGGGUUCUUGAGUGUUUUAAUAACGAGUAUAGCAGCCGGUGUCCUGGCCGUUGGAUACAGAUAUAUUUGCGUUUGGGAAAAUCACAAACGCGACAAAUCCGGUGUUGCGGAGGGCUUUGAGCAUGCUUACGACGAUGAUGUCACGGACAUAAAGAAUCCACAAUUCAGAUAUAAUAUCUAGCGUGGGAAGUGUGCGCUCGAUAUACCGAGAACAUAGAAUUCUACCUAUCACCAGCGAUGCUUCGCGUAAUUUGUCGUUGCUGGGUUAGUUGCUCCGUGUUGGCCGAAGGGUUCUCCCAAAGGAUUCGAGAGUUCUGU